CGUUAAUCUAGAUAUAGUCUCGCGAGAUGAGAUUUGUGACGUCUGGAUGAGCAGCCCGGAAGGAGCCGAGGAGCUUGGCAUUUAAACAGCAAUCCGGCACAGCGGGCUGAGUUGAGUAAAGCGAGCGUGUUGGGCGGGAUAGUGUAGGUUGCAGAGUGGGGAUGACACUCCAGAGUUCUUCAAAAUGGACCCCACAGAGUUAUCUGAUGAAAUCCUGCUGCAUAUAUUAAGAUAUGUCCCUAGCACUGACCUUAUCCUUAAUGUUAAAAGGACAUGCCGUAAAUUGGCGGACCUGUGUUUGGACAAGAGUCUCAUCCAAAAGGUUAUCUUGCACAAAGAAUACCAGGCCAGUGACAAUCAAGUAAAGCAGAUGCUCCGAGAGGCUGGGAAGGAGAUCCGUGAGCUGGAUAUGAGUGGAUGCUACUGGCUGUCUUCUUCUACUGUGGACUUGAUAACACAGUGCAAAAGACUGGUGCGCUUAGACCUUUCUGGUUGCCCUUUAACCUCCUUACGUCUUUCCAAGCUGCUGUCAGACCUUCAUCAACUGAGUUCACUUUCUAUUGAUGUUGGUGCAGGCUUUGACUCUGGACAGCUGACUACAGAGUGCAAAGCCACCCUAAGGCAUGUGAGGGAGUUAAAACAAACCCUGUUUGCUCCAUCUUAUGGAGUGGUUCCAUGCUGCGUUAAUCUUGAAAAACUGCUUCUCUACUUUGAAGUGUUAGAUAGGACACGUGAGGGGACUGUAAUGUCUGGCCAGUUAAUGGUCGGAGAAAGUAAAAUCCCCCACUACCAAAAUCUGCGACUCUUUUAUGCCCGUCUGGCUCCUGGCUAUAUCAAUGAAGAAGUGGUAAGACUGUACCUGACUGUUUUCACUGAUCGUACUCCAGAGAACCUUAGGGCCUUUCUAAUCUCUGUUCCAGGUAGCCUGGCUGAAAGCAGUGCCAGCAAAAACCUUUUGGACUCUAUGGCAAAAAAUGUAUCAUUGGAGGCGUUCCAGCUGCCCAAAUCUUGGCUAAAUGGAUCCUCUUUGCUUCAGCACUUGAAGUUUAGCUGCCCAUUCUACCUCAGCUUUAGCCACAGUAUGAUUUCGGGAGGUCAGCUCACCCAAUGGGUUAUAAAUGGACACAUGGACUGUAGGAGUCUGGUUAGUCUAAAUUUAAGAGCAUGUCCUUUUUGCUUGGCUCCCGAUUUGCCUUUCAAGAAGACAGUGGAAAAUAUAGAUUGCAGUAUUCUUGAAACCCUUGUCACUGCCUGUCCCAAUCUUGCACACUUGAACUUGUCUUAUGCACACCAUCACAGCUCAGAAAAUGCCACUAGACAUCUUUGUGACAUUCUUGCUCAGCUGAAACACUUGCGCUCUUUAUCUCUCCCAGUGUGUGCCAUUGUGGAUACCUCAAGUCCCACUGAUAAGUCACUGUUACAGUGCCCAGGACAAUCAACUUCCAGAACUGCAACCCUUGGUUUUGGUAAAAAAGUCAGAAUUGGGGUGCAGACCGAUCGCAUGACUCUACCUGACCAGAACAGCUGCUUUUGGAAACUUCUUAAGGAAAACCCUUUUAUUGUACAUUUGGAGUUAAUUGGUUCUAAUUUCUACUCCGCAAUGCCAAGGAAUGACCCAGCAAUACGCAACGCUUACCCACCAUGUGCCCUUUCGCAUAGUGUGGGUGAUGCCCAAAUUUCUAAUAUUAGUGAACUUGAAUUUCUGCAGAAUCUUACGUUAGCACAGUUGCCUGGAAUACACACAGGUUCAGCUCUAGUCAGCAUUGGUAUGAAGUGUCAACAGCUUCGUAGCCUUUCACUGGCAAACCUUGGAAUGAAAGGCAUGGUUUUAUAUAUUGCAUCAUUGUGUGAAAUGCUGAGCCACUGCAAACAUCUGAAAGACCUAAGACUGGAGCAACCAUACUUUUCUGCAAAUGGUCAAUUCUUUCAGGCCCUAAGUCAUUGCUCUUCUCUACAGCGUCUGUGCAUUGUAUCUCACAAUGGAAACUUCCAACCUGAUGCAGUAAUGUCAUUUAUCAGUGCUUGUCCUAGUCUUGUUGUAUGUCACAUGUUUACAGGAGAAACUCUAAAAGCCUGCAGGAACCUUCAACAGAGCAUUAAACAAAGUUUCCAAGCUGAGCGACCAGCACUGAAUGUUCUGAUAUUUCCCCUAUUACAUGAAAGCUUAGCAGAUGUGAUUCGAGAUGUGCCCUUGAUGCAUUUGGAUGAAAUCACCCUAUUUAAAAGUAGAGUUGCCGAGGAACCUUCACAAUUGUGGUGCUGACUAUGACUAUUCUUUGUCCUUGUGCUCGAAAAGCUACAAAGCGAAAAAAGAAAUGUACAUACUGUACUUACUACAUAAUUAUCCCUGACUGAUCCAUAGUCAUGUUGCACUUUAAAGAGGUGGUUCACCCUUAGGUUAACUUUUAGUUAUGUUAUAGAAUGGUUAAUUCUAAGCAACUUCUCAAUUGGUCUACAUUUUUUCUUUUUUUUUUAUCGUUUUUUAAUUAUUUGCCUUUUCUGUUUUCUGCCCUCAUCUAACAAACAAAUGCUCUGUAAAGCUAUUUUUAUUAUUGAUUAGAAAAAGAUAUCCCUUCUUUAUCAAUUAUAGCAUUUUUACAAUUAACUGGAGGAUCUAAAAAAAUGGCUGCUUUAAAAGAAACUGGAUGAUUGCACCACGCACUAAUAUGAAAUAUAUUAUUGUAUUUUUCGUGUCAACAAGAUACCCACAUAAGCAGCACUUAAUUAGCUAAAACCAUAUAUUUGUUAAGUGCUUAAUAAUUAAUUUUCACUAUUGCUUACCCAUUCAGUCUAUGAGGGGUUAAAUAAGUAUCCAAUUAAUAAAUUAUAAAGUGAAUAUGUGCAAAAAUUAAGAUUCCCAAUUCAUCCAGUAAAAUGCAUGUUAUUGCUCGGAUAGAGUAGGAAAAGGAAAUAAUAGAGGGUGGAGAAGUCAGCUACUUUCUAGUACUCCUCUUGCUAUUCAGGCCUCUCCUAUUCAUAUUCCUGUCUCUUAUUCAAGAGGCUAUGGCAAUUUGACCCUAGGAACCAGAUUGCUGAAAUUGCAAACUGAAGAGCUUCUGAAUAAAAAACAAAAUAACUCAAAAAAACACAUAAAGAAAUGAUGAAGAUCAAUUGCCAAUUGUGUCAGAAUAUCACAUCAUCUCUACAUCAUACUAAAAUUUCAAGGUGGACAACCCCUUUAAAAUGCAAUACAUUAUUAUAAUCCUACUGCUCUGUGCAGUAAUGUUUUGUUUUUUUAAUGCGGAUGUGGUCAAAUCAAAUGUCAACUUAUUGUCAUGGCACUUAUAUGUUAUAGUGUUGUAUUUUUUUCACAGAUGGUGCCAUUUUGGAAAGAUAUCCUCAAAUCCCUUACUAUUUGAAAUCUGGACAUUUAAUAUUUGGCUUUAUUUUACCACGUCCACAUCCAUUUACAACAAGCAAGUUAAUUACAACAUUUCCUAUAUUUCAACUACCUGAAACUCAAGCAGAGCAAACUAAAUUAAGAAGUAACCAGGAGCUGGAGUGGCUGGGGUGUCCUCAAACAAUUAAUGAAAUGUAAAUAAUCCAGUUUUGGCUUAUUUACAUUUCCUAUAUUUCCCUACACAAGCCAUCUUCUUAUUUAACCCAGGCCUCAACUCUGAUAUUGAGAAGUCCUGCCUGUUUCAAUUCUGCUGUUCAGGAUUGUCCUAGCAAAGGCUGAAUAGUAAGGGCAUGACAUUUGAGCUUGGUUUUGUUUUGUUAUUUUGCAGCAAUCCAAAAAUUAUGGAUUUGGAGCUUCUGUAAUUUGUAUACAAUUGUCAGUUUUGUAAGGAAAUAGGCAAUGACAACACACAAUAUACAAAUAAAUCAUGGACCACUUAGAACGUUGGCUUCUUUUAUGAUGUAUUAUUAUAUUUUUCAUGGUUUUUUUGGCACCAAAUAGGAAACGUAUUGUGUUAUGGAUAUUGUUAAACCCUUUUAACAGCCUUCCUUCAAUAAAACAUGGAUCUAUAACAA